AUGAAACCUUUCUUUUUUCCCUCAUGUCGUUUAUCAAUAGCUUCACUUCUCACACAAGAGCAAUUUCGUUUGGUUUCAGUAGUUAUUUUUUGCGUACCGGAAAUUUCUAUGCGAGAUUUCAUGCUGCACCUGAUGGACGGAGGAUACCUCAACCCGGAAUACGUAUUCAUCUCCGUUAAUGUGAAAUCAAAAGGAUUCACUGUCCCGCAACUUGGUGGUAAGCAGCGAUACAUGUGGGUAGACGCGGAUGCUCACAACGACGGUCGAGAUGAAGAAGCUAGAGAAGCAUUCCAAUAUCUACUUGUGCUUACAGAUCACAUGAGCACAGGUGGUAAUGCUACCAAGUAUGCUCGUUUCAGCGAUGAGCUAGUUAGCCGCAUGAAGGAUCCGCCAUUUCACUGUGCAAACGAAUGCAAUGGAAGUGAAUUUCGAGCGGUUAGCUUUCUUACUCACAAACUGUUUAUUUUACUGAGGAAUAUUCUUCAAUUUAACAAGCUCUGUAGUUCGGCAGAUUACGUUAUAGUCCCUCAAUCUUCCCGAGAAGGGGUAUUUCCGAGGAGACACAUAUGA